UUUUUUUUUAUUUGUUACAGUAUUUAUGGCUAGACUAGGUAUUCCAGCCUUCACGAAAGAAACUUGACAGCUACAACGACAGUAGUGACAGUAGUGUGAUCGCAACAUUGACAUAUUUUUGUUUAUACCAUUUGCAGUAAUACCUAUAGUAUUUUAUUUCAUACAAAUACAAGUUACUAAAGUACAAGACCGGAGUGCGGAGUUGUCAAAUUAAACGGAAAUUAUUAUUUCGCAUCGUGUCUUCGUGGAAAAUUAAUUUCUUGAAUUUUUUGCUGUAUUAUUAUAGUUGUUGCUAGAUGUCUGUAACCGGCGAUAUAGCACCCACAGUGUUAGUUCUCGAUGGAGGUUUCUCGACUCAAUUGUCUUGUCAUGUGGGCACUUCAGGGGAUGGAGAUCCACUCUGGAGCUCGCGCUUUCUUCAGACACAUCCUGAUGAUGUUGUUAGCACUCACUUGGACUUCCUCCGCGCCGGCUCUGACAUUAUUAUGACCAACACUUAUCAAGCGUCCAUCGGAGGUUUCGUCAAACAUCUAGGCAUUUCACCAGAACAAGGAUACGAUCUCAUUAAACAUGCAGUGGAACUCGCCAAACGCGCCCGAGACAUUUUCUUAAAGGAAUGCCAGGAAACAGGUGAUGUCAUUCGAGCCCCUCUCAUCGCGGGCUCAGUAGGUCCAUAUGGAGCAUACUUACAUGAUGGCUCGGAGUACAGCGGCGACUACGCAGAUAUAACACCUGUUAAUGCCAUGAGAGAGUGGCACAUGCCAAGGAUCAAGGCUCUGGUGGAAGCUGGGGUAGACUUUUUAGCUUUUGAGACCAUUCCUUGUCUGAAAGAAGCUGAAAUGCUUGUACAGAUUUUAAAAGAGUUUCCAAAUAUUAAAGCAUGGCUGAGUUUCAGUUGUAAGGAUGAGCAAUCAUUAGCACAUGGAGAAGACUUUAAAACGGCUGUACUGAAAUGUUGGGACUUGAACCCCUCCCAACUAGUUGCUAUUGGUGUAAACUGCUGCUCACCAAAAAUUGUUGCAAAGUUAUUCAAGGGUGUCAAUGAUGAGCGCCCACACUCUCCCAUACCAUUCAUUACCUACCCUAACUCAGGCGAGAAGUAUAACCCUGACUUAGGCUGGAUUGACCAAGGCAAAUGUGAAGCCCUUGCUAGCUUUGUGCCCGAGUGGCUGGAUAUAGGAGUUAGGUAUGUGGGGGGGUGUUGCAGGACUUACGCCACUGAUAUCUCACUUAUCAGGAACCAAGUCCAGAUUUGGGUUAACAAUCAAAGUAAAAAUUCUCAGAAUAAGUAAUAUCUGUAAUGCUAUGUUUGUGUUUUGGUUUCCUGUUUUUUCAGUGUUGUUAUAAAUUAAACAUUUGCAUUAUUUGCAUUUGUAUUCAAAAUAAAAAAGUGUGUAAAGCCAAAUUGUGCAAUUUGACAUUUGUUAUAUUAAAUUGUUGUUAUUAUUGCAUCAGAUCAUUUUAUUUUAAACACACAGAUAACAAUAGUUAUGUAAUGCAAUUCAAUGCAUGUGAGACAUCAAAUUACAGAAAGUAUUUGGUAUAACUGCCAGAAAGAAACAGCAUGAUGAUGAAAUCAAAAAGUUGCUAAAGGAAAAUGAGGAUUUAAGAGAACAAAACUUAAAACUGAUUUUUGAAAAUAACAAACUAAAAAGGGAUGUGGGUAAGGUUAAUGACGACAAAUUUUCUGACUACCUGAACUUGAUGAGAGAGCGUGACGCUCGUUACACGCUGUACUUCGAGAACUUGGGGCUGCAGAUGAAGCUUAAGGAGCUGGACGGCAGCUCAUACCCAGUGGAUGACGCUUACGGCGACCCAGUCGUUUUGCGAAUUGCCCUCGAGAAGUGUAGGGAACAAUUAUCGAAUACCCAAACAGAACUGAAAAAGAUGACUGACGAGUACGCGGACACUGUACCCCGGCGAGAUUAUGACACUUGUGAGGCGAAGUACUACAACCUGUCCAAAGCUUUGGAUAAACUGGAGGCAGAAUAUAAAAUUCUUCGACAAACUAAUAAAAGGCUUAUGGUUGCAAAAACCUCUAUCGAGGAGGAGUUAUUUGAGACUAAGGAACGCUGCAGAGAGCUGGAACGAGCUGGCACACCUCGCCCGCAGUGGGAGCUGUGUGCCGACUUCAUAGGAGGAGGGCGAGAUAGGUGGUGGCAGUUGGCGAGUGGUCUAUCGUCUCGCGAUACUCUAAGAGUGCUAUUGAAAGAGCUCGGCCCGGCUGCAGAAAGUGAUCAUCUCGAACAUUUUGAUGGACUUGGCACGGAUCCGGUCAUUCCACCAUACCUCCGCUAUGAGGGUAAGGUGAGGAAUCUGCGCCUGUCGCGACGAGAAAUCAGCGUCAUCAUCAAUGACAUCUGGCUCGGCAAGAUAGACUGCCAGGACAUGUCCAUGCAGGACUACGUCACCAAGUACUUUGAGGACAGGUACCAGCAGGCGUCAGUGCGCGCGGAGUGGGCGUACAACGUGUGCGCGGGCGCCGAGCAGAUGCUGGACGAGCCGCAGGUGAAGCUGUUCUGGGGCGUGCUGCACGGCCACCUCAGCGAGCGCAUCUACUGGGGCCAUCGCGCGCACUGGCUCACGCUCAAACACAACCUCUACAAGCGCUCCAAGGACCAGGAGACAAUUUCCAUUGAAGAAUUCGAGAAAAUUGCAAAGUCAACAUUUCCGCUGAAGAGCGAAGUGGACAUCAAGAAUCUGAUGGACGUAGUUCGCAAGCAGCUCAAACUGAAGAUCAACAGCAACGAAAUCAAUUUGGACAAACUGUUUCAGGAGAACGAGGAAGGAUUUGAUCGAGUGGAGUUCGCCCGCGAGCUAUUCCGGCAGCGACAGCUCGCGCAGGACAAGUACAUCAGGGAGGUAGUCGGCGAGCUCGGCGGCAAGCACGCCGCCAACAACACUGUCAGCGUCGAGAGCCUCAAGCGGGCGUUCGCGAUCGUCGACCCUGCAAUUGACCAUAUCAGGAUGGAACGCUAUAUCCGUUGGGCAUUUUCGGAUCCGACGAGCGAUUUGAACAGCAUUCCUCCGAUACCAUUGAGAACAUUGACAACCAGACUGGCCGCUGGAGACAUAGAACGUAUUGGACCGAGGUAUCGCGGCACGCAGCGCAGAACUACUUACAAGUGAUACGCUAACCUACCUAGAUAAUAAUAAAAUCAUAUACCUACCUACUUUUUGUGAAAUUACAUACCUAUCACUUACUUAUAUUUAAAAAUGUA